CCAUGUGCUUCUGAAGCCGCUACUCUCUUUCUGAAUCCACAUUAAGCUUCACCCAGACUGCCAAUUCCUUCCUCUGUCUAAGAAAUAGUAUUUGAAGAUCUGAAGACAGAAGUUUCAAAAUCAACAGAUGAAGGCCUUAUGCGCAAAACGUUGACUCUCCUGCUCCUCAGAUGCUGCCUGACCUGCUGUGCUUUUCCAGCAAUGCACUUUUCAAAUCUGACUCUCCAGCGUCUGCAGUCCUCACUUUGACAGUCACUCAGUCCAUCGGGACCGCAACAGUUUUCAACUGUGACUCUGUGAGAAGGAGCAAAGCGUUUUGGUUCUUGUUUGAGUACGUUUUCAGCAUCAGUGGGACUGGAUGAGAGACCCUACCAUAAUAGUAGACUGAGUUUGGAGCCUGAAGCAGUGAUAUGGCCUGGAAUGAGGAAUUCGCGGUGGGGAUAGGCUCUGCACGUGUGGCUGAAGCUCCAGCCAUGGAGAAACCAGAGGAAUCCCGCCCCAUGGAGAAACCAUGGAAGUGUGGCGACUGCAAAAAAGUUUUCCGUUUCCCGUCGGCCCUGGAGAUUCAUCGGCACAGCCACACUGGGGAGAGGCCAUUCCCCUGCCCCGAGUGCGGGAAGGCCUUCAGCGAUUCCUCGCACCUGCUGAGGCACCAGUGGGUCCACACUGGGGAGAGGCCGUUCCCCUGCCCUGAGUGCGGGAAGGCCUUCAGCGAUUCCUCCCACCUGCUGAGGCACCAGUGGGUCCACACGGGGGAGAGGUCAUUCUCCUGCCCCGAGUGUGGGAAAGCCUUCAGCGAUUCCUCCCACCUGCUGAGGCACCAGCGUGUCCACACGGGGGAGAGGCCGUUCCCAUGCCAAGUGUGCGGGAAGGCCUUCAGCAAUUCCUCUAACCUGCUGAGGCACCAGUGGGUCCACACAGGGGAGAGGCCCUUCAGCUGCCCCAAGUGUGGGAAGGACUUCACCCGCUCCUCCUACCUGCGGAGCCACCAGCGAGUUCAUGUGCCAUCGCAGGGGGAUUGAAGGAAUGACGGCCGAGUGCCAUUAUCAACUGGACUAUCAACCCAGUUCCAGUGGCUCCCGAGUUCGAUUCCCACCGCGACAGAUGGUGGAAUUGGAAUUUGGUGAGAAAUCUGGAGUUCAGAAUCUAACAGUGAAACCAUUGUCGGUGGGGUGGGGGUGGAAGAAAACCCCCAUCUGAUUCACUCAGUUCUUUUUUAGGGAAGACUUGAGCAGUUAUUAGAGCAGUCGUCCCAGCUGCAUCCUUUACCCGGUCUGGCCUACACGUGACUCCAGACCCACAGUAGUCUGGUUGACUCUACGCUGCUCAUCCAACUUACUUGGAUACAGGUUGAAAUUGCUGAGUGAGGCAAUACUUCCUCCAGGUUAAGGCUAUAUCAAGGAUCCAAUUACAAAGGGACAACUCAGUGGUGACCAAUAAUGAAGAAAGUGAGGGGUUGCACUUUGACCUUGAGCUGUUUUUAAAAAAUUGCUACUUUUUCUA